AUGGAAUCGAAUUCUGAGACAGAGUUGAAAACCCAGGAAUUUUUGGAAUGGACUCAAACGGGUGAAAAAGUGUGGAUAUCUGACAAAAUCAAGCUGCUACGACACCCAACGGACGAACAGCAAGGAAGAUGCAUUCUGGCAUUGCAAGACGUGGCAAAAGGUGAGAAACUGUUUGAAAUCCAACGCGAAAGUGUUCUAAAUGUCACCACGUCCCGCUUGUGCGUCGAAAACCCGGAAGUUCGAGACCUGUUCCUGCACAAAGUGGGCCAUUGGGAAGGACUCAUCGUGGUGAUCCUGUAUGAGCUCAAAUCGGCGCAGGAAAAAAGCUCGUGGUGGCCGUACUUCCAGGUAUGGCCGCAGUCGACAAGCAUGAACAGUUUGAUGUACUGGUCGGAGUCGGAGGUGGAGCAUUUGAGACCGUCCGGCGUGUGCGAGAGAAUCGGACGAGAUGGCGCCCACGCCAUGUACGAGAGCGUGCUGGGCUGCAUCCGGGACCUGAAGUUGACCCAGCUCGAAGCAGUGACGUGGGAGGAGUUCGUGCAUGUUGCCUCGGUGGUCAUGGCAUAUUCUUUCGACAUGGAGCGUGCAGACUACGACGACGAACUGGAAGACGAAGAGGCGGACCCAGCCUCGCAACAGCUCUCUGUGUGGAACGACGGGUUCUUAAAGUCCAUGGUGCCGAUGGCAGACAUGCUGAACGCUGACACCCAUCGGUGCAAUGCGAAUUUGACAUACUCCCCCGAAUCUCUCAUCAUGGUAGCCGUGGAAGACAUAGCGAGCGGAGAGCAGGUGUACAACAUCUACGGAGAGUUUUCAAACUCGGAGCUUUUGCGUAGGUACGGCUACGUUGAAUGGGCCGGUUCCAAAUACGACUGCGGUGAAAUACCUCUUGACACUGUCAGUCAAGCGAUUCAAGCGUGUAUGAACUGUUCCGGCAAAACCGUUGAUAGAAUCUUCGACCUCAUCAAAAAUCAACCAGAAAUUAGAGACGAAGUCCUGGAAGGCGAGCCAUUGGUUCUGGACUCAUACGACUGUUACAUGGAUGGCCAAGUUUCGCCCGAGUUCAUUACACUAUGUCAAAUUGUGUCAUGCGCGCUCCAGCUACCCCGGGUGGAGGAUAUGAGUGAUAAAGCAUUACUAGUGUUCCUGCAAAAACUGGUGAAAAGGGCAAUUCAAAGCGUGAAUGCGAACGAGGUCACCAAAGCGUGCGCCAAUGUCUGCGAGUGUGCGAUAGACUUGAGGUUGCGUGAGUAUCCAAGUCAUAGCUUCCGGGAACCACCUUUCAACAGAGAUUAUCAGAGCACUCCAGAUCUAAGAAAAAAACUGGCCGAAUGUGUUUUGAGAUGCGAGGUCAGGUCUCUCCAGAACAGCUCUAAGGCUUUGAGGGCCGAAUACCAAUUGAUAGACGAUCAAAUUCUGAUGGACAAGAUCAAGGCCACGAAAAGGAAAAUCGGAUCUCAGAAGAACAAGUCCAAAGCCAGUAAAAAGAUGAGGAAAUAG